ACAGAAAUAUGGUUCUAUGUGUGAUAAACAUAACCUCUUUAAUACAUUUUUAUAUUUACACGUGUAGUGUGUUUGUCUCGGGUUUGAGAAACUUUUAAGUUCGUCUAAAUCUUAUUUUAAGUUUGAAAUUUAAUGACUAUGAAAAAAACGUCGUCAAGUAAUGAUCAUACAGAAAGCCCUCCAGCUAAAAAACAGAAAAACAAUGAGAAAGAAAGUCCUCCAAAAAAUAAGAAACAGAAUGGUUUAGAAAAAGGAAUAAAAUAUGCUAAAAAGAAUCUACAAACUAUUGUAAAAAAACCAAACUCUAAAUUCACAUCAAAUAAUACAUUUAAAGGAAAGUAUGAUAAAAAUAAACCUAAAGCGGAGAUUUUUGAAAACUGGAAUGAAUUCAAAAAGAAAAAGAAGGAACUUAAACUAAAGCGAAAACAAUCUAGGGAGGGAUAUGAUGUUAUAGUUAAGGCUAAACAAAUUGGUGAAGAUCUAAGAAAAAAAUCAUUACCUGGUGGCGAACCAAAACGUAUCCAACUAAUCAAUGAACUACAUAGUUUACUAAAAGCGGGUGGACAUUAUCCCAAAUUUGUUCUGGCUCAUGAUACUGCAAGAUUAGUACAGUGGCUAUUAAAGUAUUCUUCAGAUACUGUAAUUGAUCAGAUAUCAAAGGAACUUGUUCCUGUAAGUGUAAAUAUGCUACAAUCAAAAUAUGGUAUUCAUUGUGUGAAACGCCUGUUAAAGUACGGAAGUAAUGAAAUACGUAAUCAAGUUAUAGAUGCCAUGAUGGGUCAAGCCGUCAAACUAUCAACUCAUGCUAUCAGUUCUCCAGUAAUGGAAUAUGCAUAUUCAACUUGGGCUAGUCCCCUUCAAAAACAGUAUCUUAUUCAAGAGUUUUUUGGAGAUCUCUAUAAGAACUCAAAGGAUAAAAAUGUAAAACACUUGAGGGAUACUUACAAAGACAAUCCUACUUUAAAAAAUGCUAAUUUAGGUGCUACAAAAGCUAAUUUAUUAAGAGUUAUAAAUAAAUCUUUUCUGGAUUCUGGUUUGGUACAAACAGUUUUAUAUCAGUACCUCAGCGAAUGUUCUGAAGAAGACAAAAAAGAAUUUAUCAGUCUUUUGGCUCCACAUAUUGUUGUUAUCAGUAAUAGUAAGGAUGGUGCAAGAGCAGCUAUGCAAUGUAUUUGGCAUGGAUCCACUAAAGACAGAAAAAUAAUCAUGAAAACUAUAAAGGAACAUGUAGUAGAUUUGUGUAAACAUGAACAUGGACAUUGUACAGUUAUAACACUGUUGGACUGCAUAGAUGACACUGUGCUAUUACAUAAAAUUAUACUCUCAGAUAUUUUGAACAAUGCUAAAGAUUUGGCUGUGAACGAGUGGGGUAGAAAGGUUUUGCUUUGGUUAGUAGCACCAGCUGAUUCAACGAAAUUCCACACUGUUUUUAUUAAAGAAUUGACGGAAGGAAGGGAAUCCUCCACCUGUAAAAAGUCUCCCGAAUUGAGAAGAAAGGAAAUAUUAGGAUAUUCCAUUAAAACUUUAUUAGAAUUAGUAUCAAACGAUUCGAAAUUUUGGUUAUCUUCUCCCUCAUUAGCUAUUGAAAUGUUAGCUAUAGUGAAAGCGGGUAGCGGUAGUGAUUUGGAAAAAGCAUACAGUGGUUUAGUAGAUGUUUUAGUUGAUCCCAAAUGGUCAGUUAAAGAAAACGACAAGGAUGUAUUGGGCAUUGAAAACGCUGGUAUUCAUAUGGCUUUAAAAAAACUCGCACAAUUUGAUAAGAUUAAAUUAGAAAACGGUGAUGUUACAUUUGGGUUUGUUUUAGUCGAAAAAUUAAAUGAAGCAAUUUUGGAUGUUUGGUUGAAGCUUAAUAGGGGAUGUUUUAUAUUAGUAGCAAUAUUUGAGAAUGGCUCAGAGGCUACGCAAAAUACUAUGAAACAAAAAUUGAAAAAACAUUUGAAAUUGUUAAAAAAACAACAAACAGCAGGCGCAAAAAUUUUAACAAAGAAAGUAUCUUAGAUAUAUUUUGAAUAGAAUUAAAGAUUAAUCAAUAUCUUA